ACUUCUCUUUCUACCCUGCUUCACAUGCUCUCUCGUUCCCAUUAUUAUUCCAUUGCAAAAAAAAAAACAAAAAACAAAAAAAAGUUCUUUGGAAUUGAGCCCUCUCUCUCUCUCUCUCUCUCUCUCUCUCUCUCUCUCUCCUAUUCAGCUAUUCUUCAUCCCCAAAAUCCAACUCUUGGAUACCCACUUGGUGUGAUCAGUUUUGUUGGUUCAGUUUCUCUCUCUCAAUAAUUUCUCAAAUGCAUUAGAAAAAACACAUGUAUAUUCUUUGAUACUUCUCCAUAUUCUUUCAUUUAUUAAGGAGUAUAUGCUAUACUCUGUUUUUUUCCCCUGUUCAUGGCACCUACUACUACAGCUGAAAUCCUUGAAACCCAAAACAGAAAUUACAACACCGACACCAAUGAAAUCAAAAGAGAAGAAGUUCAAGCUGCAAUUGCCAAAGCAAAGGAGCUCAGAGCCCUUCACUCGGCUCUUGUCCAAGGAAACAGCCCUGCCAAUUUCAGAUUACUACCCUCUGGUUCUUCCCCUGUUCCAGGCCUUACCCCUCAGUUAUCUGCCCAAGAUUACCCUGUUUUUACACCAAGUUAUGAAGAUGAACCAUUACCCGGGUACCAACAAAUUCAACUAGAAAGUCGAACUCUAUCUGAAUGUUGGAAUGAGUAUAGGAUCGGAGAAGGAAGUAUCGAUGAAACCCUCUUUUUACCCAAAAACAUGAAUGCAUCUUCAAGAAAUGGAUUUGCGUACUUAGAGUCCCAUAGUUGUCCAGCUGAAGAUCAGAAGUCCAUCGGUGGUUCAUUUUCUCAUAACCCUUUGUUUCCUAGAAAUUCACCGAGAAAUGAUUUCUCCAACUCAAGCAGAAGAAACAGUUUGGGGGAAUUCAGAUCAUACCGAUCAUCUUCUUGCAACAAAUGCAACCCCGCAGUUAUAAGCAAGAAUUCCAAUAUCCUAGCACCUCUAUCGGACUCACAUUCUUCUCUCCAAUCGCAUCAAAAAACACGUGGACUUAAUUUCUCGUGGUGGUUUCCCUUUUCCGGGCUAAAGAAAAAGAACAAGAACGUGAAUUCGCCAAACAGAAUGCAACCAGAGGAAAGAUUUUCCCAAGCUUUUAGCGACUUGGGGAUUUUGUCGAUUGAGGCAUUGAAGAAACAGCUCAUGGAAGCAAACGAAAGUAGAGAUGCAGCCCUAAUGGAGGUCGCGGAAAUGAAAUCCUCAAUGGGGGAUUUAAGACAGAAGUUGGAGCGUUUGGAAACUUAUUGUGGAGAACUAAAAGAGGCCUUGAGGCAAGCAAUGACAACGGAGAAGGAUUCCCACGUCCCGGAAACGAAUGGGAAUUUGAAUUCUAUCAAUGAUAUGCCCGUGAGCGAGGAAGUAAUGGUGGAAGGUUUCUUGCAAAUAGUAUCCGAAGCGAGGCUAUCAGUGAAACAGUAUUGCAAAACCCUAGUAACCCGGAUCAACGAAACGGAUGGAUCUUUGAUGGAGAAUUUGAAUUCCCUUCUCCAACCACACAAGCUUUCUGCAAAUUCAAAGUACACGAAGGCAGUUUUGUACCAUUUGGAGGCAAUCAUAAACGAAACACUCUUCCAAGAUUUUGAAAACAUCGCAUUUCAAAAAAAUGGAUCACCGAAGCUCUUAGACCCUCAUCAAGACCGCCAAGCACAAUUCCAAUCGUAUGUUUCCCUUCGAAAUUUGAGUUGGAGUGAAGUUUUGAAUAAAGGAACCAAAUACUACAGCGAGGAGUUCAGUAAGUUUUGUGACCAAAAAAUGAGUUGCAUCAUCAGUACUCUGAAUUGGACUAGACCGUGGCCUGAAAACCUCCUCCAGUCAUUUUUUGUGGCAGCAAAGUGCAUUUGGUUGCUUCAUUUGCUUGCGUUCUCGUUCAACCCGCCAUUGGGGAUUCUGAGGGUGGAAGAAAACAGAAAUUUCGAUUCACAUUUCAUGGAGGAUGUUUUCAUGCAUAAGCGGAAAUCGAGCGGUCCGAGCCGGGUUAAAGUUAUGGUGAUGCCGGGGUUUUAUGUGCAGGAGAGAGUACUUAGGUGUAAGGUUCUUUGCAGGUAUAAGUCCGCAACCUGAGGUGUACGUUUUUCCUUUCUUUUUCCAAGGGUAAGAAUCUAGCUUAUUAUUUUUGCUUUUCAAGUUUCGUUGAUAUGUUUAUAUGGGUUCCUUCAACUGCUUAAAGAAUUGGGAAAUUUUUUUGAGGAUCAAAAUUCUUAGUUGAAAUGGAUUCGUUGAAAUUUGAUAGCA